GAGCUAGAGGGAGACAGUGAGGAGAGCGCGGAGCAUCGGAGGUACGCAGCCCGGCACCGGCCGCCGCAGCGCCCGAGUCCGCCUGAAGAGCCUGCCCCGCAGCAGCCCGGUCCGGCGCUGAGCUGACUACAGGGUCCUCUCGGCACGAAGCUUUCUGCACCUGUGCAGCAACAGGGAGAAGUUAGGAGAUGGAGGACGUGGUGAUUGCAGGCAUAGCAGGAAAGCUGCCAGAAUCUGAGAACUUGCAAGAGUUUUGGGAGAACCUACUUAAUGGAGUUGAUAUGGUCACAGAGGAUGAUCGGAGGUGGAAACCAGGAAUGUAUGGGCUGCCCAAGAGAAAUGGAAAGCUCAAGGACAUAAGCAAGUUUGAUGCCUCCUUUUUUGGGGUCCACCCCAAACAAGCUCAUACAAUGGAUCCUCAGCUUCGCUUGCUGUUGGAAGUUUCUUAUGAAGCUAUUUUGGAUGGAGGCAUUAAUCCAGCUACCCUUCGUGGCACAGACACGGGUGUAUGGGUUGGUGCAAGUGGGUCAGAAGCUGCUGAAGCCUUUAGCCAAGAUCCAGAACAGCUUUUGGGAUACAGUAUGACUGGCUGCCAGCGUGCUAUGUUCGCCAACAGGAUUUCUUACUUCUUUGAUUUUAAAGGACCAAGCUUAACUAUUGACACAGCCUGCUCCUCCAGUCUCAUGGCUCUAGAAAAUGCUUAUAAGGCAAUUCGUAAUGGACAGUGCAGUGCAGCCGUGGUAGGAGGGGUCAACCUUCUGCUGAAGCCCCACACUUCUGUGCAGUUCAUGAAGCUGGGUAUGCUUAGUCCUGAUGGUGCCUGCAAAGCUUUCGAUGCUUCAGGAAAUGGAUAUUGUCGCUCUGAAGCUGUUGUCGUCGUUCUUUUGACCAAGAAAUCCAUGGCUAAACGCAUCUAUGCUACAAUAGUUAAUGCUGGGAGUAACACUGAUGGCUUUAAAGAGCAAGGUGUGACAUUCCCAUCUGGAGACAUGCAGCGGCAGUUGGUCAGUUCUCUGCACAGAGAAUGUGGUAUCAAGCCUGGAGACAUUGAGUAUGUUGAAACUCAUGGAACAGGCACCAAGGUUGGAGAUCCACAGGAGGUAAAUGGCAUUGCAGAUGUCUUCUGCCAAUGUGAGAGAGAGCCAUUGUUGAUUGGAUCAACCAAGUCAAACAUGGGUCAUCCAGAGCCUGCCUCUGGACUUGCUGCAUUAGCCAAGGUCGUUCUCUCUCUGGAACACGGGCUGUGGGCCCCAAAUCUUCAUUUCAGUGACCCAAAUCCAGAUAUUCCUGCUUUACUUAAUGGCUCCUUAAAAGUGGUUUGUGAACCCACACCAACAAAAGGUGGCUUAGUCAGCAUCAAUUCUUUUGGCUUUGGAGGUGCUAACGUUCAUGUCAUUCUGAAGCCAAAUGAGAAGAAACAUCAGCCUCCAGAGACUUGUAACUUGCCAAGACUGGUUCAAGUUUGUGGCAGAACACAGGAAGCUGUAGAAACACUAAUUCAAGAGAGCAAAAAACAGAGAGGAUGCGGUCCAUUUUUACGCCUGCUCACUGAUAUCUCUGCAAUUCCUGUAUCCCUCAUGCCCUACAGGGGCUACACCCUAGUUGGCACUGAGAGUGACAUCGGAGAGGUUCAGCAAGUUCAGGUGUCUGGUAGACCACUCUGGUACAUCUGCUCAGGCAUGGGAACCCAGUGGAAAGGUAUGGGCCUGAGUCUUAUGAAAUUGGAUGUGUUUCGCCAGUCUAUAAUGCGCUCAGAUGAGGCUUUGAAGAACACAGGACUGAAGGUCUCAGACCUGCUUCUGCAAGCAGAUGACAAUACUUUUGAUGAGACUGUCAAUGCAUUUGUUGGAGUAGCUGCUGUUCAGAUUGCCCAAAUUGAUAUGCUGAAGGCUGCAGGUCUGCAACCUGAUGGGAUUUUGGGCCACUCAGUGGGAGAAGUAGCUUGUGGCUAUGCAGAUAAUUCCUUAAGUCAUGAAGAAGCCAUUCUUGCUGCUUAUUGGCGAGGGCGAUGUGUUAAAGAGGCCAAAUUGCCCCCAGGAGGAAUGGCUGCUGUUGGUCUGACAUGGGAGGAAUGUAAGCAGCGCUGCCCUCCAAAUGUGGUACCAGCCUGCCACAACUCUGAAGAUACUGUCACUAUUUCAGGGCCUCUGGACUCUGUGAAUGAGUUUGUAGCCAAACUGAAAAAGGAUGGUGUGUUCGCAAAGGAGGUCCGCAGUGCCGGAGUUGCAUUUCAUUCCUAUUAUAUGGCAUCUAUUGCACCAGCGCUGCUAAGUGCUUUGAGAAAGGUCAUUCCACACCCUAAACCUCGUUCAGCACGGUGGAUCAGUACAUCUAUCCCUGAAUCUCAGUGGCAAAGUGAUCUGGCUAGGAAUUCCUCUGCAGAGUAUUAUGUGAACAACCUAGUGAGUCCCGUGCUGUUCCAUGAAGGCCUGAAGCAUAUUCCAGAGAAUGCUGUUGUAGUGGAGAUUGCUCCACAUGCUCUUUUACAGGCUAUCUUGAGGAGAAGUUUGAAACCAUCAUGCACUAUUCUACCUUUGAUGAAGAAGGACCAGAAGAAUAACUUGGAGUUCUUCCUAACACAGGCUGGAAAGAUUCAUUUAACUGGGAUAAAUGUCCUUGGAAACAACAUGUUCCCAUCUGUGGAAUACCCUGUCCCUGUUGGAACACCCCUUAUUUCUCCAUAUAUCAAAUGGGACCACAGCCAGGACUGGGAUGUUCCAAAAGCUGAAGACUUUCCAUCAGGUUCCAAAGGCUCUGCAUCUGCUUCAGUCUACAAUAUUGACGUGAGUCCUGACUCUCCUGACCAUUACCUGGUUGGUCAUUGCAUUGAUGGCAGAAUCCUGUACCCAGCAACUGGGUACCUUGUGCUGGCUUGGCGAUCUCUGGCAGGGUCUCUUGGCAUGGCCAUGGAGCAAACAGCUGUUAUGUUUGAAGACGUUACAAUUCAUCAGGCAACUAUCCUUCCCAAAAAGGGAUCAGUGCAGUUGGAAGUUCGAAUCAUGCCUGCUUCCCACUGCUUUGAAGUGUCAGGGAAUGGGAAUUUGGCUGUGAGUGGGAAGAUUAACCUCCUAGAAAACGAUGCUUUGAAGAACUUUCGUAACCAGCUAGCUGCAUUUCAGACUCACUUAGAUACAAGCUCAAAGUCUGGCCUCUUGAAGGAAGACGUUUACCAAGAGCUGCAUCUUCGUGGAUAUAAUUAUGGACCAACUUUCCAGGGUGUUCUGGAAUGCAACAGUGAAGGAAGUGCAGGGAAAGUUCUGUGGAAUGGAAACUGGGUGACCUUCCUUGACACCUUGCUACACAUGAUAGUCUUAGCUGAGACUGGGCGCAGUCUACGCUUACCCACCAGGAUUCGCUCAGUGUAUAUUGACCCAGUGCUGCAUCCUGAGCAUGUGUGCCAGUACCAGGACAAUGUAGAAGCUUUAGAUGUUGUUGUUGACCACUGUCUUAACAGCCUCAAAGCAGGAGGUGUUCAGAUUAAUGGUCUUCAUGCUUCUGUGGCACCACGACGACAACAGGAACGAAUCCCUCCCACCCUGGAAAAAUACUGCUUUAUUCCCUAUAUUGAGAGUAACUGUUUGUCUUCCAGUGCCCAGCUUCAUGCCUAUCUGGAGCACUGUAAAGGUCUGAUCAAGAACUUACAGGCUAAAGUAGCUGUGCAUGGUGUCAAAUUAAUCAUCCACGGCCUAGAAACUGCAGGGGCUGCUGCAGGGUCCUCACCCAUGCAGAAGGGCCUGCAGCAUAUCCUUGCUGAAAUCUGCCAUCUGGAACUGAAUGGAAACCUACAUUCUGAGCUGGAACAGAUAGUGACUCAAGAGAAAAUGCACUUCCAGGAUGACCCUCUUCUCAAUGGCUUGCUAGAUUCUUCAGAGUUGAAGGCUUGCCUGGAUGUGGCACUGGAGAACAUGACCAGUCACAGGAUGAAGAUAGUGGAGGCUCUUGCAGGAAAUGGACAUCUGUUCUCUCGUGUCACGAGUAUUCUGAAUACUCAACCCCUAUUGCACCUGGACUACAUUGCCACCGAUUGCACCCUUGAAGCUCUUUCAGCUAAUGAAACAGAGCUACAGGAUGCUGGAAUUUCUUUUAGCCAGUGGGAUCCGUCUAACCCUCCUUCUGGAAACCUGAGCAAUGCUGACCUGGUGGUAUACAACUGUUCAACAAAUGUCCUAGGGAACACCACUAAAAUUGUCUCUAACUUGGCAGCUGCAGUGAAAGAAGGAGGGUUUGUUUUGCUACACACCCUUCUUCAAGGAGAAACUCUUGGAGAAAUCGUCAGCUUCCUUACAAGCCCAGACCUACAGCAGAAGCAUAGCUUCCUGUCUCAGGCACAAUGGGAAGGCUUAUUCAGCAAGGCCUCACUGAAUAUGAUUGCAAUGAAGAGAUCUUUCUUUGGCUCAGUUAUUUUCCUGUGUCGCCGGCAAUCCCCUGCCAAAACACCCAUUUUUCUCCCAAUAGAUGAGACUCAUUAUAAGUGGGUUGAAUCCUUAAAGGAGAUCUUGGCCGACCAAUCGGAGCAGCCUGUGUGGUUGACUGCCACCAGCUGUGGGAACUCAGGAAUUUUGGGCAUGGUGAACUGUCUUCGCCUGGAAGCAGAAGGCCACAGAGUCAGGUGUGUGUUCGUUUCCAACUUGAACCCUUCAUCAGCUGUCCCAUCCAUUAGUCUUUCUUCUCUGGAGAUGCAGGAGAUUGUUCAGAGAGAUCUGGUGAUGAAUGUGUAUCGCGAUGGAAAGUGGGGCUCCUUCAGGCAUCUCCCAUUGCAGCAAGGACAACCUCAGGAGUUGACAGAAUAUGCCUACGUCAAUGCGUUGACACGUGGAGAUCUCUCAUCCCUUCAUUGGAUUGUUUCCCCCCUUCAGCACUUCUACACAACUAAUCCAGAUGUUCAGCUCUGUAAAGUCUACUAUGCAUCUCUUAAUUUCCGGGACAUUAUGCUGGCCACAGGAAAGCUUUCUCCAGAUGCUAUCCCUGGUAACUGGGCUUCACAGCAGUGCAUGCUGGGCAUGGAGUUCUCAGGACGGGACAUGGCUGGAAGAAGGGUGAUGGGAUUGGUGUCAGCAAAAGGGCUGGCAACAGUGGUAGACUGUAACAAGAGGUUUCUAUGGGAAGUCCCUAAAAACUGGACUCUGGAAGAAGCAGCUUCGGUGCCUGUGGUUUAUGCCACUGCUUAUUAUGCCUUGGUGGUUCGAGGUGGUAUGAAGAAGGGUGAGAGUAUCCUUAUUCACUCUGGCUCAGGAGGUGUGGGCCAAGCAGCCAUUGCCAUUGCCCUGAGCAUGGGCUGCCGUGUGUUUACUACUGUAGGCUCUGCUGAGAAACGCCAAUACCUCCAAGCAAGGUUCCCACAGCUGGAUGCUAAUAGCUUUGCCAGCUCCCGAAAUACUACCUUUGAGCAACAUGUAUUACGAGUUACCAAUGGAAAAGGUGUCAACCUUGUGCUGAAUUCCUUGGCAGAAGAAAAGCUCCAAGCCAGUUUGCGGUGUCUUGCUCAACAUGGGCGCUUUUUGGAAAUAGGCAAAUUUGAUCUGUCUAACAACAGUCAGCUUGGAAUGGCUCUUUUCCUCAAGAAUGUGUCAUUUCAUGGGAUCCUACUGGAUUCAAUCUUUGGAGAAUCAAACGAAGAGUGGGAAGUAGUAUCAAAGCUGUUGACAAAAGGCAUAGAAAAUGGUGUGGUAAAGCCCCUGAGAAGUACAGUCUUCAACAAAGACGAGGUAGAAGCUGCCUUCAGGUUCAUGGCACAGGGAAAACACAUUGGCAAAGUUAUGAUAAAGGUCCAAGAAGAGGAGAAGCAAUAUCCUUUAAGAAGGUCUGAACCAGUCAAACUCUCUGCCAUCUCCCGAACUUCCUGUCCACCGACCAAGUCUUACAUCAUCACAGGGGGCCUAGGAGGAUUUGGGCUUGAGUUGGCACAGUGGCUAAUUGAGAGAGGAGCACAGAAGCUUGUCCUGACAUCUCGUUCUGGCAUACGAACUGGCUACCAGGCUAAAUGCGUUAGAGAAUGGAAGGCACUGGGAAUCCAAGUGUUGGUAUCUACUAGUGAUAUUGGAACACUAGAAGGAACACAGCUAUUGAUAGAAGAAGCUUUGCGGCUUGGACCAGUUGGGGGCAUCUUUAAUUUGGCUGUGGUCCUUAGAGAUGCCAUGAUUGAAAAUCAGACCCCAGAAUUAUUCUGGGAGGUCAACAAGGCCAAGUAUUCGGGCACCCUUCAUCUGGACUGGGUGACUCGUAAGAAGUGUCCAGAUCUGGACUAUUUUGUUGUGUUUUCCUCUGUAAGCUGUGGAAGAGGAAAUGCUGGGCAAAGUAAUUACGGCUUUGCCAAUUCUGCCAUGGAGCGUAUCUGUGAGCAGCGACAUCAUGAUGGACUCCCAGGCCUGGCAAUCCAAUGGGGGGCCAUUGGUGAUGUGGGUAUCCUGAAGACAGUGGGAAACACAGAUGUUGUGAUUGGGGGAACCAUUCCCCAGCAAAUCAGCUCAUGCCUGGAGGUGCUCGAUACCUUCCUGAAUCAAUCUCAUCCUGUCGUGUCCAGUUUUGUCCUAGCAGAGAAGGUCUCUGUGAAAAGCGAAGGAAGCAAUCAACGGGAUCUUGUAGAAGCUGUUGCUCACAUCAUUGGUGUCCGAGACGUGAGUAGUCUGAAUGCUGACAGCACAUUAGCAGACUUGGGCCUGGAUUCCUUGAUGGGUGUGGAGGUGCGCCAGACACUGGAGAGAGACUACGACAUCAUUAUGACCAUGAGAGAAAUCCGACUUCUUACAAUCAACAAACUUCGUGAACUUUCCUCCAAGUCCGGGACAGCAGAGGAGCUGAAGCCAUCCCAACUGUUGAAGACAGGCCCAGGCGAGCCUCCAAAAUUAGAUUUGAACAACUUGCUGGUGAAUCCAGAAGGGCCAACAAUUACCCGUCUCAAUGAUGUUCAGAGCACAGAGCGCCCUCUUUUCCUUGUUCACCCCAUUGAGGGAUCCAUUGCAGUUUUCUACACUCUCGCUUCCAGACUUCAUAUGCCAUGCUAUGGGCUCCAGUGCACAAAAGCUGCUCCCUUGGACAGCAUACAGAGUCUGGCAUCCUAUUACAUUGACUGUAUGAAGCAGAUACAGCCUGAAGGACCUUACCGCAUUGCUGGAUACUCUUUUGGUGCCUGUGUAGCUUUUGAAAUGUGCUCCCAGCUGCAAGGACAACAAAAUGCCUCCCAUGCACUCAACAGUCUAUUCCUCUUUGAUGGGUCUCAUUCCUUUGUGGCAGCUUACACUCAGAGCUACAGAGCCAAGCUGGCCCAAGGAAAUGAGGCUGCACUGGAGACAGAAGCAUUGUGUGCCUUUGUUCAGCAGUUUACAGGCAUUGAAUAUAAUAAGCUGUUGGAGAUUCUUUUGCCCUUGAAAGAUCUGGAGGCUCGUGUCAAUGCUGCUGCUGACCUGAUAACUCAGAUUCAUAAAAACAUCAAUCGUGAAGCACUCAGCUUUGCAGCUGCUUCCUUUUACCACAAGCUGAAGGCUGCUGACAAGUAUAUACCAGAGUCAAAGUAUCAUGGGAAUGUGACACUGAUGCGGGCGAAGACUCACAAUGAAUAUGAAGAAGGUCUGGGUGGAGACUACAGACUCUCUGAGGUAUGUGAUGGAAAAGUGUCUGUCCAUGUCAUUGAAGGGGAUCACCGCACCUUAUUGGAGGGAGAUGGUGUUGAAUCAAUUAUUGGGAUCAUCCACAGCUCACUGGCAGAACCACGUGUCAGUGUCAGAGAGGGUUAAGUUCUGCUCACUUACUGUCAAUGGUGAAGAAAAUGCCAACAACAUUCCUUGUUAUGACAGACCCCAAGGAACUCUUCCUGUUGUUCAACAUCUCAUCUGCUCUGCUGCCAGAACUGGGAAGUCCAGCUGCAUUUGAUUGGUCUUUCUCACUCACUCACUCUUCUUUCACAACUUUUAUGGGUUCUCUCUCCUUUUUCCCUUUUUAUGAUUUGUUUUAUCCCUGUCCAUGUUACAUUAGUGCUGUGACUCUGUCACUGUGCACUGCUGUGAGGGUUCCCCACUGAUGGUUGCUUCCUACACCUUUGGCAGUAUGAAAAACAAAUUUAGCAGUAGAUUUCUUGUGCUCUGUGUUGUUUUGUCUUAACAGUAUUCCAAAGGGUAAGUGGUAGCACUUGUUGACCAAGCCCAGUGAGCAGAGAGGGGAGCUGCAGCUGAUUUCGGAGAUACCUGUUGUCUGUGAAGAAUCUGUCUGUAGUUAGGUCAGAAAGAGAAUUCCAUUGAGGCUUUUGUAACUGUGUUGUUUUUUUUCUUUUUUUUCCUUUUUCUUUUUUUUAAUUUGAUAUAUUCUAAGUAUUUAUUGUGUCAAACCAGAGCCUUCUUGCUUGGUUUUAAUUUAUCAUGGGUACCGGAGAAAAACAUACAUUUUGGAGGGGUAGAUCUAUUCUACAAGGGAAAGUUACCAAUUUUUUAAACCAAAGUGCAUCUUUGGAACAGCCUGUUUAUUUGUUGUUUAUUUGGUGUUUUUUGUUGUUUUGUUUUGGUUGGUUGGUUUUGUGUGCUUUUUGUUUUGUUCCGUGGUUGUGGUUUUUUGUUUGUUUUUCACCCCCCACACACACACCCUGCCCUGUUCAGAAAGGAAAUGGUAGAAGGCAGCGUUCUUGCCAUAAUUCUCUCUUUUGAGAAGAGAGAGGAGUGGGGGGCAGUAUGGAUGGUUCAACAGAUGCAACUGUAUUGAACAGCAUUAACUUGAGCUGAUAAAAACAGGCAGAGCUGUCCCUAGAGAUGUACUCGGUUUAUAUUUGUGCAAGGUUCUGUUCUAUGCUUUACCAGAACCAUAGUAAAGCAUUACUAUUGCUUCACCUUUAUUCCCUCCCACCUCCAGUCUCUCCACCCAACCAGCCAUUUGGAGUGUCAGGGGGAAGAGAGUUCUUCAUCGAUAACUGUACAAGUCCUCCUACCCCUGCUCUCCCAUAACUGAAGCUCAGGCAAACAUGCAAGCAUCUACCCAAAGCCCCUGCAUAUUUUAUUUAGCACAGGGCUCACUUAAGCCUUGGGUAUUGAUUUUUUUCUCUUGGCAAUGAGAUGGGAGAUCCUACAUAACUUAGCUAAUUUAUCAGUUCGGCGUGAUUUUAGGAUAUAGUACCUUUUUUAAGGAAACUUACGUAAAAAUACAAUUUAAAAAAAAUGCCUUUGCUUUGUUGGAUCUGUCCUUUCCAAAAUCAGUAAAUCCUUGCUACACUUAUGAUACAGAGGAGACCAGGAUAGCAACAAGGUACCAAGUAGGAGGCAUUAUUGUGCCUCCCAGAACUGCUUAAUCCCCAGUUCUUUGUGUAUUCAUUCCCCAGUGAAGUAUCCUGUUAGUACAGGAGCAUUGUAGUGAGAGGAACAGCGGACUCCUCACUCAGGUUCUGACCUAGUGUUUUUUGCUUGUACUACCCUCUGUGGAUAGUGGCUGGGUUAACUGGUUUUAGUUUUUUAAGGUAUUUCUUUUGUGAAAUCUGAAAUACAAACAACAUAAUGUCAGCUUAAAGCAUUUCCAGAAUAAAUCUUGUUCUUCUUUAUUUCUUUCUUCCUUUCUUUCUUUUAUUAUUUUUUUUUUUUUGGUCUAAAGAAUGUUUUUCUCUUCGGCUCUCCUAGAAUUAAAGAGAAUUGAUCACUGGUUGGCUUUUUGUCUUAUUCUCUAUUUUUUUUUAAUCCUAACUUUUAUUUGAAAUCUCUCAUUUCUUGAUAUAAAGGUAAAGCUGCUGCUGGCAUAUCUAAUUUGGAUCUGUAGAAAUAACAAUAAUAAAGAAGACUUUAAUAUUAUUUUGAAGCAUGGCUUCUUGUUGCCAUGAUUUUAGUACCUUAGAUGCAACCAAACCACACACCCACAGGACUGAAGUGGAAACUCUCAAAUUCUAAUUCGGGCUCCAUUGUUGUGGUUUUGGAUAAGCCAUUAAUGCUACCACCUCAGUUUCCCCAUCUGUAAAAUGGGACUAAUAGCAUCUACCUCAAGGUCAUUGAGAGUUCUAGAUAGGCAAUGGGUAUACGUGCUAUUAAGUUGUUAGGUAUGAUGAUCAGGUGUUAGGUGGCAAUGGAAGGAGGCAGGCAGGUAAUGUGUGAAGGGGAAGGUGCCUUACAUCUGCAAAGAAUGUGAUACUGAGGAGUGGCUAUAUGUACUGGGCAUAUGUGCAUAAUAUGGGACUUCAUUGUAUCUACUGCAUGCUAUCCAUGCACAUCCUAGCAUAUGACACCAUGUAAAACAAAAAUGAUGAGGACUGAUAUAUAUUUUUUCCUUCUUGUUUUACUGCUGGCAGUUGUAGCGAGCCUCACACAGAGUGAAAUAAUCCUUUUUGCCUUGGUUAUGUUUAAAACCUAGAAUGAAAAAUAAAGGAGUGAUUAAACUUUAAUCAAACAGGUACAAUAUUUCUGCACUGAAAUGAGGUGUUUAACAAGUCUGACCCAGCUGUUCAGCUUGGAAUGAAAAUGGUGCAGUUCUGAAUGGGCUGUGUGGAGGGAGCAAGGACUAAUGCUGUUCCAGCUCUCUGAGCAGGAGUUGUACAAGUUCUCUGUAUAAACAUAAAUGUGCAUGGUCUCCUCUAGGCAAAGCUUGAAGAUACUGGUUUAGUAAUAGAAGUUCCUCAAGAUUUACUUACAGCCUUUAUUCUCUCAAUGUUCUUGUGGUUGUUAUUAUUUGAAAAGCAGAAGGUUAUUGUUUUGUUUUUCCCAUAAUUGUCUAAUUAUGAGCUGCUGCCCUGUAACCCAUUAUGUAACUGGCUACUGAAAACAGUGUGCCAAAAAUAAAAACCUUAUUAGCGCUGGUA